AUGGGGAAGAUCAACAUUCGUGCUACAUACUUCAGGCUCCAACAAGUCCUCCCAGUUGGCGAUCCAGAACUUCCAUCACUCCCUCACUCCCUCACUGUGAUCAGUGCGAGAUUGGCCAUGCUGAAUACUUUAAAAUCGGCUAUCGCUGGGAUCUUAAUUUCACUGAUCCUUCUGAUCGCAAAGUAUGCGGUUGCCAGCCGGCGACCCAAGAACUUCCCUCCUGGACCACCUGGGCUUCCUGUUAUUGGGAAUCUUCAUCAGUUGCCUAUUCGAAAAGCCUUUAUACAGCAACAUGAAUGGACCAAGGAAUACGGAAGUAUCAUUGGGCUGAAACUAGGUCCUCAAAACGUGGUUGUGCUAAACAGCCAUCGCCAUGUCCAGGAGCUUUUUGAUAAACGAGGGGGACUUUACUCCGGUCGACCAGAAAAUUACGUCGGUGGGGAGCUCAUCUGCCCAAACGAAAUCCAUAUGCUGCUAGCACAGUAUGGUGCAGGGUGGAGGACUCUCCGCAAGUCUGUUCAAGGCUUGCUGAAUGUGGCCGCCGUCGAUGCGCUGUACCCCAUCCAAACCGCCGAGGCUACGCAGACGAUGUGUCAACUACUAGAUGAUCCUGCUGGCUACUACGAUCAUAUCCGUCGCUAUACCACUGCCGUAAUUCUUGCCUCUGUCUUUGGUCAGCGGGGCGAGAGUUUUCAAUCAUCCAAAGUGCAGGCUUUAUACCAUGCGCAGGACCGGUUCACUGCAAUACUCGAACCUGGAGCAACCCCGCCUGUGGACGCCUUUCCCUUCUUGAAAGCCAUCCCGGAAUUUCUUAGUCCCUGGAGGAAAGAGGCCAAGGAAGUACGACAGGAGCAGAGCUCGCUUUAUCAUAAGCUUCUGGAUGAGACUAGGGAGCGUAUCCGGAAGGGAAAUUCGACUUCGUGCUUUAUGGAGAAGAUAAUGGAUGACCAGGAGAAAAACGGCUUCAGCGACGAGCAGGUGGCCUACUUAGGGGGAAUAUUGAUGGAAGCUGGAUCUGAUACCACAUCAUCAACUUUGCUUAUUUUUGUUCUCGCCAUGACACAGCACCCAGAGGUUCUUGAAAAGGCACAAGAAGAAGUGGACCGUGUCUGCGGCUCCGAUAGAUCGCCUACCUUUGACGACAUUGGAAAAUUGGAGUAUCUGUCGGCGUGUAUGAACGAAGCUCUACGGUGGCGACCAAUCGCACCUGGCGGCAUUCCUCACAUGCUGAUCCAAGAUGAUCACUAUGAAGGCUAUUUUCUACCCAAGGGUACGAUCUUGUUUGCGAACACAUGGGCCAUCCACAUGGAUGAAAGCGAAUAUGAGGAACCUGAUAGCUUUAUACCGGAGCGGUUCAUCGGCAACAAGUUUGGAUCUAAGACUCAAGUCACAGAUAAGCACCGUCGAACGACCUAUGGUUUUGGCGCUGGACGACGAGUUUGUCCUGGUCAACGACUGGCUGAGAACUCAUUGAUGCUGAACAUCGCCAAGAUGGUUUGGCUUUUCGAUAUUAAGGCUGCCUCUACGGCUCCGCUAGAUGUCAAUAUGAGCUCGGCUUUCACUGAUGGAUUUCUUGUUGCGCCUAAGAAAUUCCCUGUUGAGUUUGUUUGUCGUUCUGAACAGCGAAUGAAGGUCAUCCGGGAUGAACUCGACGAAUCCGAGAAAAUCCUUGCAAGCUUUGGAAAUGAGACUUGA